GACGCGGCGGGUGGGGCGUGGGGGAGUGGUCCAGCGAAGACGACGCGUGCAGAUGACGUUUGGCUCGCGGGGCAGCUCGGCAGCAUGGCGUCAGUGGCGCUGAGUGAGGCGGAGAAGGUGUACAUCAUGCACGGCGUACAGGAAGACCUCCGCGUGGAUGGCCGUGGCUGUGAGGACUACCGAUGUGUCGAAGUGGAAACUGAUGUGGUGUCCAACACCAGCGGGUCCGCCAGGGUCAAGCUGGGUCACACAGACAUCUUGGUGGGAGUGAAAGCAGAAAUGGGGAUGCCGAAGCUGGAGAAACCAAAUGAAGGCUACUUGGAGUUCUUUGUUGACUGUUCAGCCAAUGCUACCCCUGAGUUUGAAGGUCGAGGAGGUGAUGACCUUGGCACAGAGAUCGCUAACACCCUCUAUCGGAUAUUUAACAAUAAGAGCAGUGUUGACCUGAAGACCCUCUGCAUUAGUGCUCGGGAGCACUGCUGGGUUCUCUAUGUGGAUGUGCUGCUGCUGGAAUGUGAUGGAAAUUUGUUUGAUGCCAUUUCCAUUGCUGUAAAGGCUGCUCUCUUCAAUACAAGGAUACCAAGGGUUCGAGUUCUGGAGGACGAAGAGGGGUCAAAGGACAUUGAAUUGUCUGAUGACCCUUAUGACUGCAUACGACUAAGUGUCGAGAAUGUUCCCUGCAUUGUCACUCUGUGCAAGAUUGGCUAUCGGCAUGUGGUGGAUGCUACCCUUCAGGAGGAGGCCUGCUCCUUGGCCAGCUUGCUGGUGUCGGUGACCAGCAAGGGAGUUGUGACGUGCUUGAGGAAAGUGGGGAAGGGCAGCCUGGACCCAGAGAGCAUCUUCGAGAUGAUGGAGCCUGGAAGUCCUUCAGGGCAGGGACAGGGUUCUGCUCACCUGUUUUCCAGACCUUCCUUCCCCUCCAUCCACCUCACCUUUCUGACUGACUGACGGAACUUCCAGGAACAGAACCAGCAAGCGUGUGGGCAAGGUGCUGCAUGCCUCCCUGCAGAGCAUUCUGCACAAGGAAGAAAGCCUGGGGCCCAGGAGACAGAAAGUCGGAUUCCUGGGAUGAUCUGUACAUCAGCUGCUCAGCUGUGGAUUGUUUGUUGCUUACUUUCCUUUUAAAUUGGUUUGUAAAUAUUUUUCUUCACUGUUUUGAAUUUAUAGCAACAUUUGUACAUGUAAAAUUAAAGUCUAUUUUCUGAUCUGG